AUUGUAAAACAAUCACAUCUCUUACAUCGCAGGCUGGUACGCGCCAGAGGAUUGCACACUUGUCGUCGGGGCAUCACAGACAUGUCGUAUGAUUUUGGAGGAACGGAUUGUUUUAUUUCACAAUACGGAGUUUUGGGAAUAUCACCCGGAGGAGGGGCUGGCUUACUCGACCACCGUCUAACCUGAGACUUUGAUUUGUUUUUGUCUCCGAUCAUUGAGUGAAUAUCAUCCAUGCAGCCCGCAGCCCUGACACCCGAGAGCAAGACCCGCCGUGACUCGGUUGCACCGGGGAAAACUGCUGAGGGCUCUCCCAAGCAAGAACAGGGUCACCAACAUAUACUCUACCAUAUCGCCCAUCAGCUCGUCUUCCGAUUGAUGCCGUGUACAACUGGCCCCCGAUUUGAACCCCUCCGACCUCUUCCCACUAUCUUUGCUCAUCUCUCCGUGCUCAUUCGAUUGCCCUUCCACUGUCUACUUAUCUCCCUCCCGCCUUCUCCGGUCCUUUUCCUCUUCUCUUUUCCCUUCUACUUCCUUUCUAAACUCUCAUCGUCUUUAUCGGCGUUGGAAGUCGAGGCGUCUUCUUUUGGCUGGCUGAUGGUUCGAUCUGUGCUCUUUUUCUUCUUUUCACAUCCCUCAAUAUGUUAUCAUGCCUAUCACAAUUUGCUGUGCAAUUUUCACCCAAAUCAUUCGUGCGAGGCCUGGAUUAGAUAACACAGAUACAAUAGUGAUGACCGAAGUUUCAUUUCAGAUUCUACCAUUCGAGAUU